UGCGCAGUGCCCUGAGCCCUCUGUAGCUUCCCUCCAGCUUGAGGAAGGAUCAGCAUGGGGGUGAGGGAAAGAGUAGCGGCUGCUCAGCCCGGGCCCCGCCCCUACUCCCGGGUCAGAAGAGAGCGCAGAGGGCGGGAAAGGGGAGGAGGGGGUCGCGGUAAGGCCAUCCCAUCGGCUUCCGCCCCCGCGGCCCUUUAAGGGCCUUGGAGGGCGGGGCCCCAACCGCCCAGAUUCGACACCGAUUGGUCCGCGGGGCAGAGGCCGGGCUGUGGCGCGGGGAGGGGAUUGGUCCGGCGGCAGGGAACGGCCGAGGACGAUGGAGCCGGCGGGGGGAGACGGGGUCUCCGGGACCAAGGAGAGACCGGGCAGCCGCAGCCGCCGGAGAUGGCGGCGUGGCCGGGCCAAAGCCUCCCGCCUGACCCAUGGCAUGGACCUACGGGCCAUGACGCAGUCGCUGGUGGCCCUGUCGGAGGACAACGCCACCUACUUUGCCAGCCAGGGCCCCGGGGAGACCGCGCGCCGCCUGGCAGGAGCCUUCACAGGGAUCCGGGAGCAGGCGCUGGGCCUGGAGCCGGCCCUAGGCCAGCUGCUCGGGGUGGCCCACCUCUUUGACCUGGACGCCGAGACACCGGCCAAUGGCUACCGCAGCCUGGUGCACACGGCGCGCUGCUGCCUGGCCCACCUGCUCCACAAAGCCCGCUACGUGGCCGCCAGCCGCAAGAGCAUCUUCUUCCGGGCCGGCCACAACCUGGCCGAGCUGGAGGCCUACCUGGCCGCCCUGACGCAGCUGCGUGCCCUGACCUACUAUGCCCAGCGUCUGCUGGCUGCCAACCGGCCUGGCGGCCUCUUCUUCGAGGGUGAUGGGGGGCUCAGCGCUGACUUCCUCCGCGAGUACGGCACCCUGCACAAGGGCUGCUUCUAUGGCCGCUGCCUGGGCUUCCAGUUCACUCCAGCCAUCCGGCCUUUCCUGCAGACCAUCUCCAUCGGGCUGGUCUCCUUUGGGGAACACUACAAACGCAAUGAGUCAGGAAUUGGUGUGGCUGCCAGCUCCCUCUUCACCGGUGGCCGCUUUGCUAUCGACCCAGAGCUGCGAGGGGCCGAGUUUGAACGGAUCACCCAGAAUUUGGACGUGCAUUUCUGGAAAGCCUUCUGGAAUGUAACAGAAAUCGAGGUCCUGUCGUCUCUGGCCAACAUGGCAUCGGCCACGGUGCGGGUGUGCCGGGCCCUCAGCUUGCCUCCUCAAGCCUUCGAGAUACCCCUGGCCAACAACCCCCAGCUCAAUGUCACCAUCUCGCCACCCGUGGCCCACACGGGCCCAGGCCCUGUGCUGGUGCGACUCAUCUCAUAUGACCUUCGAGAGGGCCAGGACAGCGAGGAGCUGAACAUCCUGGCACGGUCGGAGGGCCCGAGGAGCCUGGAGCUGCGGCCCCGCCCCCACCACGCCCCGCGCUCCAAGUCCCUGGUUAUCCAUAUUCAUGGCGGGGGCUUCGUGGCGCAGACCUCUAAGUCCCAUGAGCCCUACCUCAAGAGCUGGGCCCAGGAGCUGGGGGUGCCCAUCCUCUCCAUCGACUACUCCCUGGCCCCUGAGGCCCCCUUCCCCCGAGCCCUGGAGGAGUGCUUCUACGCUUACUGCUGGGCCCUCAAAAACUGUCGCCUCCUGGGCUCGACAGGGGAGCGGGUGUGCCUGGCCGGAGACAGCGCGGGGGGUAACCUCUGCCUCACAGUGUCCCUUCGGGCGGCAGCCUAUGGCGUGAGGCUGCCCGACGGCGUCAUGGCCGCCUACCCAGCCACCAUGCUCCAGGCCUCUGCCUCACCUUCGCGCCUCAUGAGCCUCAUGGACCCCCUGCUCCCCCUCAGCGUCCUCUCCAAGUGCCUCAGUGCCUACGCCGGCGUAGAGCCCGAGGCUCAGGAAGACCAAGAGCAGCAGGCCCUGGGUGUGAUGGGGCUGGUGAAGAGGGACACAGCCUUGCUGCUCCGCGACCUGCGCCUGGGCGCCUCGUCCUGGCUCAACACCUUCCUGGAGCUCGGAGGCCGGAGACCCGCCGAUGACUGCUCCCAGUCAGCUACCGAGACGAUGCGCCGCAGCGUGUCUGAGGCCGCCCUGCAGGACCACUCCAGCCUGCCCAGGGAGUCCCCUAAAAGUUUGACCUUACAAGACCUGAGCCUGGUGGGGGGCUCCACCCCCCCAGUCCUGUCCUCAUCAGAAGAGACCCUGUCAUCGGUCCCCCAGGAAGUGAACUUCUUCCUGCCCCCUUCGGGGACCGAGGAUGAGACCACGGAAGAAGAGGAGGAUAACAGGGAGAAUCGGGACAGCCUGGGCUCCACCUUCCCCGACGGCUUCCAGCCCCGGCGCUCCAGCCAAGGCAGGGCCAACCUGUCCCUGCAGACGUCCCCCAUUGUCAAGAACCCCUUCAUGUCCCCGCUGCUGGCCCCUGACUCCAUGCUGCAGUCCCUGCCCCCCAUCCACAUCGUGGCCUGUGCCCUGGACCCCAUGCUGGAUGACUCGGUGAUGUUUGCCCGCCGCCUUCGGGGCCUGGGGCGCCCGGUGACCCUGCGCGUGGUGGAGGACCUGCCCCACGGCUUCCUGAGCCUGGCGGCCCUGUGCCGUGAGACUCGCCAGGCCACCGCCCUGUGCGUGGAGCGCAUCCGCCUCAUCCUCACGCCGGGGGCAGAGCCGCAGGUGCCCCCCGCGCCCACCAAGCCCCGGUGGUCUGAGCGGUCCCGGAACAAGCAUUCCCCUCAGACCCCGGCCUCAGCCGCGAGCUCGCCCCCCAGCCUGCGGAACCCGGGCCUGAGCCAGGCCCAGCCUUCCCGUCAUUCUGGCCUCAGCCCUGCCCGCUCCUGACUAAAGGCCUCAUGCUCUCUCGGUCGGUUUUGUUUUGCACUGUAGACUCAUGGUGAUUCCUGGGGUGGGGGACCCCUCUAUCCCCACUCCACCUCACACUCCUCCCCUCUGGGGGGGGGGCUAAUACUCCCGGGGGGGCCGCCCAUCCCAGCGCUCUGUGAAACCUGGGCAGGUCAGAGUCACCAAUGCUAACACUGGAAGGUGCUUUGAAAUCCAGCGUCCUCACUCUACUAGGUGGGAAACUGAAGCAACACUCCACAGCGGGAGGAGCGAUGAAUUCAGGUCGGGGCCCCUGUGUGACCUUGCAGGCCCCAGCUUCCCCCUAAGUACAAUGAGAGCUGGGCUGGCUAGCGCUAAGUCCUGUGCCUGCCCUGCAGGAAGCUCCCAGUUCUGGGCCCAGCUCCGCCCCAGCCUUGCCUGGGGACCUAGGACAGGUUAUGGAAUUGCAGAUUGUGAGAGGGGGAAGGUGCUGCCCAAGUUCCCCACCUGCUUCCCCUCUGGGCACCCGUUUCCCUGUGUGUGAUAGUUGGCCCAUUACCACUGGGGAGGGAGUGCCUUAGGCCCAGUGGGGGGGGGGGAGGGAACUCUGAUGCCCUGUGCCCCCUGACGCUUUUCACUCACUGUGAGCCCCAAGUGGGGGGGAGCCUCCCAAGCUGCUCUCUCCCACCCCCAGCCACUGCCUUCUGCUGCUGCUGCUGCUGCUGCUCAGGGAGGCCCCUGGGCCUCCUGUGCUCCCUGUUUUGUAAAUAAAUGUAUUUGAUUCA